UGGGCCCCCUGUACGCCUCCUCUUGCUGCUGCCAGGCCCGUAAUCUGCCAUGGGCCCCCGUACCACCGACUCCAUCAUGCUGCUGCCAGGCCCGUAAAUCUGUCAUGGGCCCCCUGUACCGCCUCCAUCAUGCUGCUGCCAGGUCCAGUAGUGUGUCAUGGGUCCCUGUACGGCCUCCCAUUGCUGCUGUCUCCAUCGCCACACUCUGCCAUGUGCCACUUUCAGGUCUCCUCACACUGCUGGUGGGUUCCAUUUUUUCAUAGGGUGCUGUAUGGCCUCCCAUUGCUGCUGCCUCCACCGCCACACUGUGGCUCCACACUCUGGUUUUGGCCCCGUGACUGCCCAAAUGAGUGAAGUGUGCGGUGAUUCUAAGAUCGACGGCACUCAUCUGCAUGUCAUACUGACUGACAGUAUUAUUUCUCUUCCCCAGCAGACUCCAAGGGCAUUUAAAUUAAAGGUACAGUGUUCUGCACUAAUAUAA